AUGGCUGCGAACACUCGUUACGAGCCCGCGCCCCAGCGAGACUCCUUCGAGGAUGAUCAUUACACCCAAGCGCCCCCAUCUUACCAAGCUACAGCGACUGAGCCGGCGCCACGAUCCGAAGAUGACAACUUGCCAGACGACUUCAAGUUCGGAGGUACAGUAGCAGAGGGGACGAUCGACAUUCGGAUGCAGUUCGUUCGGAAGGUCUAUGCGAUCUUAACUGCCCAGAUUCUCCUCACGACCAUCCUCAGCUCCAUCUCCUUUUUCAAUGCAUCAUACCGCACCUGGAUUCAGGGAAACUUCUGGCUUAUGAUCAUCUCCAUCUUUGGUGCCCUUGGCUUCAUGCUUGCAACCUACUGGAAGCGCAAGUCUUACCCGUCCAACUUGCUUUUCCUUUCCGGCUUCACGUUGAUGGAGGCGUACUCUAUCAGCGUGGUCACGUCGUUCUACGAGUCGCGAAUUGUUGUGCAAGCGCUUGUCUUGACCCUGGGCAUCUUUGUCGCACUCACUCUUUUCGCUUGCCAGACCAAGUAUGACUUCACUAGCUGGAUGCCAUACCUCUUCGGUGCUCUCUGGUUCAUGAUCCUUUUCGGGGUUGUGGCCAUGUUUAUGCCGUUUGGAAGCACUGCCGAGUUGAUUUAUGGUGGUCUCGGUGCCCUGAUCUUCUCGGGCUAUAUCCUGGUGGAUACUCAGCUGGUCAUGCGCCACUACCACGUGGAGGAGGAGAUCGCUGCUGCCAUCGCGCUGUACCUGGAUAUUCUGAACCUGUUCCUGUCGAUUCUUCGCAUCCUGAACAGCCAGAAUAACAACUAG